CGGGAGGAAGCGCUGGCGAGGACCCUCGCAGUGUUGUGGCGGAUGGGUGCAUCGACGAUGUGGUUGCUGGCCAGUGCAGGCGUUGACCGGACGAUACCCUACCCACUGCCCAGUGCCGUCUCAGCCUGCUUUCCCGCGCUGCCUUCCUCCAUCCCACCUCCCUCCUUCGUUAUAUAACUCUCCACCCCGUCUCUCCAACGACCGCUCCCUCCACCGCAAGCAGGCAGUCCCCAGCCGACGCUAGUCAAGCGCACCAGACCCUCGACUUCGGCACCCCUACAUUCUUCCUCAACAAUGCGAGCCCACAGACUCUACGCGAGGGAUGGCAGAGACGACUGCAACAGUGUCAACAAUUCCGACGCGUACACUGACCUCCGGAUCGCCUCGAUCUUCAUCAUCCUCGCCACGUCCCUCUUCGGUGCUCUCUUCCCUGUCCUAGCUCGCCGGCAUAGGGUCCUCGGGGUGGUCAUCCCCGAGACUGCCUUCAAGGUCGCCAAGUACUUCGGCAGCGGUGUCAUCAUCGCAACGGCCUUCAUCCACCUGCUCGACCCCGCAACCCAGGAGCUCACCUCUCCCUGCCUGUCGGAAGCAUGGCAGAAUUACCCGUACGCGAUGGCGAUCUGCCUCUGCAGCAUCUUCAUGAUCUUCAUCGUCGAGCUCAUCGCCUUCCGCUGGGGCACCGCCGUGCUCGCGAGGGUCGGGCUCAAGCACGACGCCCACGGCCACGGCCUCGCCACGGGGUCCCACUCCGCACACGGCCCGGAGGUGCAGGCCCAAGGCGCUGACGCAGUCGCCGCCAAAAUGCAACUCGAGUACCCCGACGCGGUCGACAUUCGUAGCGAGGAAUUGAGCAUGAGCGACCCCGAGAAGGGCUCUGCGCACCACGACGCACAUGCGCAUGACCACGGUAUGCAUGGCGCCCUCUCGGAUUCGGCUAUCGCGCAAAUCAUCGGCAUUGCGAUCCUCGAGUUCGGCGUGGUGCUGCACAGUGUGUUGGUUGGCCUGACCCUCGCCGUCGACGAAGAGUUCAAGAUUCUCUUCAUCGUCAUCGUCUUCCACCAGACGUUCGAGGGCCUCGGUGUCGGCUCGCGGCUGGCAUUCAUGGAGCUGCCCCAGAAGUACGCGUACGUGCCCGUCGUCGGCGCGGUCCUCUUCGGGAUCACGACGCCCAUCGGGAUCGCGGCGGGCCUCGGCGUGCGCUCGACGUACAACCCGAACGGCGCGACGGCGAACAUCGUCUCCGGCGUGCUCGACGCGUUCAGCGCGGGCAUCCUCAUCUACACCGCCCUCGUCGAGCUUCUGGCGCACGAGUUUAUCUUUAACAAGGAGAUGAUCGGGGGGAGCAACAAGCAGCUCGUCUUCGCACUCGGGUGCAUGAUGCUCGGCGCGGGCCUCAUGGCGCUCCUGGGCAGGUGGGCAUAGCCGGGCUCGUCGUUGCGGUCCCGGUCUCCCCAUGUCUUUCUUAUUAAUGGCUGCCACGACCUGUGCCCGUUUGCGGGUCUCACACGUUCGCCGUUCGCCGAAGUCACAUUCAACCUC